GGCAGAGUGCAGUGGGCUCUGGUGGAGGCCGGGAGAACUGCAGGGCGAAGGCCGCCGGGGGCUCCGCGGGCUGCGGGGGGGAGGCACUUGACACCGGCCCGAGGAGAGGAGGGGCCGCUGUCCCUGCGGCCAGUGCUGGAUGCGGGGACCCAGCGCAGAAGCAGCGCCAGGUGGAGCCACUGGGGAGCCCAAACCCCCACACAGACGAGGCAGCAGCUCACCAGAGGGCUUGACACGGGGAUCUAUGUUUCAGUUUUAACUCUUGCUUACAAAGACCACGAUAAUUCCUUCCCCGAAGCUUAGCAGCCUCUCCACCCCGCAAAGCCCCAGCCUGCCUCCCACCGCCCAGCUGCCCGCCAUGCCCUCCGGCGGCCCCAGCGACACCAGCAGCUCCGCUGCGGAGCGAGAGGAAGACAGAAAGGAAGAAGAGCAGGAGGAAGCUCGCAGCAAGGAGGAACGCCAGGAGCCCAGCGCCACAGCACGGAAGGUGGGGAGACCUGGCCGGAAGCGCAAACACCCACCGGUGGAAAGCAGUGACACACCUAAGGAUCCUGCCGUGCCCUCCAAGUCCCCCUCCACGGCCCAGGACUCAGGCCCCUCAGAGCUGUUACCUAAUGGGGACUUGGAGAAGCGGAGUGAGCCCCAGCCAGAGGAGGGGAGCCCCGCUGGGGGGCAGAAGGGAGGGGCCCCAGCUGAGGGAGAAGGUGCAGCUGAGACCCCACCUGAGGCCUCCAGAGCAGUGGAGAACGGCUGCUGUGCACCCAAAGAGGGCCGAGGAGCCCCCGCGGAAGAGGGCAAAGAACAGAAGGAGACCAACAUCGAAACCAUGAAAAUGGAGGGUUCCCGGGGCCGGCUGCGGGGUGGCCUGGGCUGGGAGUCCAGCCUCCGCCAGCGGCCCAUGCCGAGGCUCACCUUCCAGGCGGGGGACCCCUACUACAUCAGCAAGCGCAAGCGGGACGAGUGGCUGGCACGCUGGAAAAGGGAGGCUGAGAAGAAAGCCAAGGUAAUCGCAGUGAUGAAUGCUGUGGAAGAAAACCAAGGAUCUGGGGAGUCUCAGAAGGUGGAGGAAGCCAGCCCACCUGCUGUGCAGCAGCCCACGGAUCCCGCAUCCCCCACUGUGGCCACCACACCUGAGCCCGUGGGGGCCGAUGCUGGGGACAAGAAUGCCACCAAAGCAGCUGACGAUGAGCCUGAGUAUGAGGACGGCCGGGGCUUUGGCAUCGGGGAGCUGGUGUGGGGGAAACUGCGAGGCUUCUCCUGGUGGCCAGGCCGCAUUGUGUCCUGGUGGAUGACUGGUCGGAGCCGAGCCGCUGAAGGCACUCGCUGGGUCAUGUGGUUCGGAGAUGGCAAGUUCUCAGUGGUGUGUGUGGAGAAGCUGAUGCCGCUGAGCUCCUUCUGCAGUGCAUUCCACCAGGCCACCUACAACAAGCAGCCCAUGUACCGCAAAGCCAUCUACGAAGUCCUGCAGGUGGCCAGCAGCCGGGCAGGGAAACUGUUUCCAGCCUGCCAUGACAACGAUGAGAGUGACACUGCCAAGGCCGUGGAGGUGCAGAACAAGCAGAUGAUCGAAUGGGCCUUGGCAGGGUUCCAGCCCUCAGGCCCCAAGGGUCUGGAGCCACCAGAAGAGGAGAAGAAUCCCUACAAGGAGGUUUACACGGACAUGUGGGUAGAGCCUGAGGCAGCUGCCUAUGCACCACCACCCCCAACCAAAAAGCCCCGCAAGAGCACAACUGAGAAGCCCAAGGUCAAGGAAAUCAUUGAUGAGCGCACAAGAGAACGGCUGGUGUACGAGGUGCGGCAGAAGUGCAGGAACAUUGAGGACAUUUGCAUCUCAUGUGGGAGCCUCAACGUCACUCUGGAGCACCCUCUAUUCAUUGGUGGAAUGUGCCAGAACUGCAAGAACUGCUUCCUGGAGUGUGCAUACCAGUAUGACGAUGAUGGCUAUCAGUCCUAUUGCACCAUCUGCUGUGGGGGGCGCGAGGUGCUCAUGUGUGGGAACAACAACUGCUGCAGGUGCUUUUGUGUGGAGUGCGUGGAUCUCUUGGUGGGGCCGGGGGCUGCCCAAGCAGCAAUUAAGGAAGACCCCUGGAACUGCUACAUGUGCGGGCACAAGGGCACCUAUGGGCUACUGCGGCGCCGGGAUGACUGGCCCUCCCGCCUCCAGAUGUUCUUCGCCAAUAACCACGACCAGGAAUUUGACCCUCCGAAGGUUUACCCACCUGUCCCAGCUGAGAAGAGGAAGCCCAUCCGGGUUCUAUCUCUCUUUGAUGGAAUUGCUACAGGGCUCCUGGUGCUGAAGGACUUGGGUAUCCAGGUGGACCGCUACAUUGCUUCGGAGGUGUGUGAGGACUCCAUCACGGUGGGCAUGGUGCGGCACCAGGGGAAGAUCAUGUACGUCGGGGACGUCCGCAGCGUCACGCAGAAGCAUAUCCAGGAGUGGGGCCCAUUUGAUCUGGUGAUUGGAGGCAGUCCCUGCAAUGAUCUCUCCAUUGUCAACCCAGCCCGCAAGGGCCUCUAUGAGGGCACUGGCCGGCUCUUCUUUGAGUUCUACCGCCUCCUGCAUGAUGCGCGGCCCAAGGAGGGAGAUGAUCGCCCCUUCUUCUGGCUCUUUGAGAAUGUGGUGGCCAUGGGCGUUAGUGACAAGAGGGACAUCUCGCGAUUUCUAGAGUCCAACCCUGUGAUGAUUGAUGCCAAAGAAGUAUCAGCUGCACACAGGGCCCGCUACUUCUGGGGUAAUCUGCCCGGUAUGAACAGGCCGUUGGCAUCCACUGUGAAUGAUAAGCUGGAGCUUCAGGAGUGUCUGGAACAUGGCAGAAUAGCCAAGUUCAGCAAAGUGAGGACCAUUACUACUCGGUCAAACUCCAUAAAGCAGGGCAAGGACCAGCAUUUCCCCGUCUUCAUGAAUGAGAAAGAGGAUAUCCUGUGGUGCACUGAAAUGGAAAGGGUGUUUGGCUUCCCAGUUCACUACACGGAUGUCUCCAACAUGAGCCGCUUGGCGAGGCAGAGACUGCUGGGCCGGUCAUGGAGCGUGCCAGUCAUCCGCCACCUCUUCGCUCCACUGAAGGAAUAUUUUGCUUGUGUGUAAGGGACAUGGGGGCAAAAUGAGGUAGUGACACAAAGUUAAACAAACAAACAAAAACAUAAAACACCAAGAACGUGAGGAUGGAGAGAAGUAUCAGCACCCAGAAGAGAAAAAGGAACUUAAAACAAAAACCACAAGAGGCAGAAAUACCGGAGGGUUUUGCGUUGCGAAAAGGGUUGGACAUCAUCUCUUGAUUUUUCAAUGUUAAUCUUCAGUCCUAUUUAAAAAGCAACACCAAGCAAGCCCCCUCCCUUUCCCUCCCCACCUUCCUCCUUUUUUUUUUGUGGGGAGGGGGUCAACCCUUUUGUUCUCUACUCUUUUCAGAGGGGCUUUCUGUUUGUUUGGGUUUUUGUUUCUUGCUGUGACUGAAAUCAGAGGGUUUAUUGCAGCAGAAAUUGGUAACAAAAAACAUAGUAAAUACGUUGCAGAGGAAAGGCGGGAGAGAGGAAGAAAAGGAAAUUCUAUAGAAAUCUAUAUAUUGGGUAUUUUUUUUGUUUUGUUUUUACUAUAUAUCUUUUUGUUGUCUCUAGCCUGAUCUGAUAGGAGCACAAGUGGGGACAGAAAACAGAGACCCGCGGGCGGCCGCUCUCCCCGCCGCCCCGCAGUCUCUCCAGCACCAUUCCUGGUCAUGCAAAACAACCCAACUAGCAGCAGGGAGAUGAGGACACCACACAGACACUUUUCUACAGUAUUUCAGGUGCCUACCACACAGGAAACCUUGAAGAAAACCAGUUUCUAGAAGCCGCUGUUACCUCUUGUUUACAGUUUAUAUAUAUAUGAUAGAUAUGAGAUAUAUAUAUAAAAGGUACUGUUAACUACUGUACAACCCGACUUCAUAAUGGUGCUUUAAAACAGCGAGAUGAGUAAAAACAUCAGCUUCCACCUGGCCUUAUGUGCAAAGGGUUAACCAUGGAUGGGGAAAGGGGUUCAGCUCAGAGAGGGCUUCUUGUCUGCCGGGGUUUCUUUCCCCCUCUUGGUUUUUAACCAACUGAAGGAGGAGACUAGGGGAGCAGUAUUGUGCUGCUUCUCCCUGCCAAAAA